AAAGUUGUUGCAUUUUUAGGAACAUGAAAGGAUCAAAACUUGUCAGGAUACUGGGAUUGUUUGCACUCCUUAUGAGUGCGAAUGCCUCGUCAGGAGAAGACACUACCAUUGAGGCCACAACAGAUGAAAAUACCACUGAAGAAAUAACUACCCUGCCACCUCCAGUCCUUUGUGAUGAUGAGGAUCUAUUUCUUCCAGCUCCAGAUUGUAGGCAGUAUUAUCAGUGUCUUUACGGUGAAGGUGUCCUGAAAUCGUGUUCCGAAGGACUUUAUUGGGAUCGAGAGCUGAAUGUCUGCGCCUGGGAAUCGCAGUACUGUUCUGAUGAGGAAAACAAGACCACUAAGUCUCCGUCUCUGAGUUGUGCAUCUGGAUUACCAUUUUUGCCCUACGCUCCCGAUUGCACCAAGUUCAUCCAGUGUGUCUACAAUAUCGGGUUCAAACUGAGUUGUCCAAUUGGACUGUUUUGGAACCAACCCCUUCAGUCGUGUGAUUAUACUUGCGACAAUGGACUCGCGUUUUCUGAUGUCUCUGAACAUAAACAAAUUUCUCAAGAGCAAAGCAAUCAAAUUGAUAAUGGCCACUUCCUUAAAAAAACUUUGCAAACUGCAAUAUUUAAUCGUUACCCAUCACACAAAUAUAAUAAAAGGAACACAAUUCAAAGAGACAUAGCCCCAGUGAAUAAUUUUACAGAAUCAAAUGAGUUAGAUAUAAACGAGUCAACACCGCCUCCUGACGAAACUACUACAGCUGAACCAGAGGAGACUACAACGAUAGAGGAUUCAACUCUGAUUCCUGAUGAAACUACUACAGCUGAACCAGAAGAAACUACUACUGCAGAGGAUUCAACUCCAAUUCCUGACGAAACAACUUCAGCUGAACCAGAAGAAACUUCCACUGCAGAGGAUUCGACUCCGAUUCCCGACGAAACUACUACAGCUGAACCAGAAGAAACUACCACUGCAGAGGAUUCAACUCCAAUUCCUGACGAAACAACUACACCUGAACCACAAGAAACUACUACUGAAGAGGAUUCGACUCCGAUUCCCGACGAAACAACUACAGCUGAACCAGAAGAAACUACUACGGUAGAGGAUUCGACUCCAAUUCCUGACGAAACAACUACAACUGAACCAGAAGAAACUACUACUGCAGAGGAUUCAACUCCAAUUCCUGACGUAACAACUACAGCUGAACCAGAAGAAACUACCACUGCAGAGGAUUCAACUCCAAUUCCUGACGAAACAACUACAGCUGAACCACAAGAAACUACUACUGAAGAGGAUUCGACUCCGAUUCCCGACGAAACAACUACAGCUGAACCAGAAGAAACUACUACGGUAGAGGAUUCGACUCCAAUUCCUGACGAAACAACUACAACUGAACCAGAAGAAACUACUACUGCAGAGGAUUCAACUCCAAUUCCUGACGUAACAACUACAGCUGAACCAGAAGAAACUACCACUGCAGAGGAUUCAACUCCAAUUCCUGACGAAACAACUUCAGCUGAACCAGAAGAAACUACCUCUGCAGAAGAUUCAACUCCGACUCCAGACGAAACAACUACAGCUGAACCAGAAGAAACUUCCACUGCAGAGGAUUCGACUCCGAUUCCCGACGAAACUACUACAGCUGAACCAGAAGAAACUACUACGGUAGAGGAUUCGACUCCAAUUCCCGACGAAACUACUACAGCUGAACCAGAAGAAACUUCCACUGCAGAGGAUUCGACUCCGAUUCCUGACGAAACAACUUCAGCUGAACCAGAAGAAACUACCACUGCAGAAGAUUCAACUCCGACUCCAGACGAAACAACUACAGCUGAACCAGAAGAAACUUCCACUGCAGAGGAUUCAACUCCAGUUCCUGACGAAACAACUACAGCUGAACCACAAGAAACUACUACUGAAGAGGAUUCGACUCCGAUUCCCGACGAAACAACUACAGCUGAACCAGAAGAAACUACUACGGUAGAGGAUUCGACUCCAAUUCCUGACGAAACAACUUCAGCUGAACCAGAAGAAACUACCACUGCAGAAGAUUCAACUCCGACUCCAGACGAAACAACUACAGCUGAACCAGAAGAAACUUCCACUGCAGAGGAUUCAACUCCAAUUCCUGACGAAACAACUACAACUGAACCAGAAGAAACUACUACUGAAGAGGAUUCGACUCCGAUUCCCGACGAAACAACUACAGCUGAACCAGAAGAAACUACUACGGUAGAGGAUUCGACUCCAAUUCCCGACGAAACUACUACAGCUGAACCAGAAGAAACUUCCACUGCAGAGGAUUCGACUCCGAUUCCUGACGAAACAACUUCAGCUGAACCAGAAGAAACUACCACUGCAGAAGAUUCAACUCCGACUCCAGACGAAACAACUACAGCUGAACCAGAAGAAACUUCCACUGCAGAGGAUUCAACUCCAAUUCCUGACGAAACAACUACAACUGAACCAGAAGAAACUACUACUGAAGAGGAUUCGACUCCGAUUCCCGACGAAACAACUACAGCUGAACCAGAAGAAACUACUACGGUAGAGGAUUCGACUCCAAUUCCCGACGAAACUACUACAGCUGAACCAGAAGAAACUUCCACUGCAGAGGAUUCGACUCCGAUUCCUGACGAAACAACUUCAGCUGAACCAGAAGAAACUACCACUGCAGAAGAUUCAACUCCGACUCCAGACGAAACAACUACAGCUGAACCAGAAGAAACUUCCACUGCAGAGGAUUCAACUCCAAUUCCUGACGAAACAACUACAACUGAACCAGAAGAAACUACUACUGAAGAGGAUUCGACUCCGAUUCCCGACGAAACAACUACAGCUGAACCAGAAGAAACUACUACGGUAGAGGAUUCGACUCCAAUUCCCGACGAAACUACUACAGCUGAACCAGAAGAAACUUCCACUGCAGAGGAUUCGACUCCGAUUCCUGACGAAACAACUUCAGCUGAACCAGAAGAAACUUCCACUGCAGAGGAUUCGACUCCGAUUCCCGACGAAACUACUACAGCUGAACCAGAAGAAACUACCACUGCAGAGGAUUCGACUCCAAUUCCUGACGAAACAACUUCAGCUGAACCAGAAGAAACUACCACUGCAGAAGAUUCAACUCCGACUCCAGACGAAACAACUACAGCUGAACCAGAAGAAACUUCCACUGCAGAGGAUUCAACUCCAAUUCCUGACGAAACAACUACAACUGAACCAGAAGAAACUACUUCUGAAGAGGAUUCGACUCCGAUUCCCGACGAAACAACUACAGCUGAACCAGAAGAAACUACUACGGUAGAGGAUUCGACUCCAAUUCCCGACGAAACUACUACAGCUGAACCAGAAGAAACUUCCACUGCAGAGGAUUCGACUCCGAUUCCUGACGAAACAACUUCAGCUGAACCAGAAGAAACUUCCACUGCAGAGGAUUCAACUCCAAUUCCUGACGAAACAACUACAACUGAACCAGAAGAAACUACUACUGAAGAGGAUUCGACUCCGAUUCCCGACGAAACAACUACAGCUGAACCAGAAGAAACUACUACGGUAGAGGAUUCGACUCCAAUUCCCGACGAAACUACUACAGCUGAACCAGAAGAAACUUCCACUGCAGAGGAUUCGACUCCGAUUCUUGACGAAACAACUUCAGCUGAACCAGAAGAAACUACCACUGCAGAAGAUUCAACUCCGACUCCAGACGAAACAACUACAGCUGAACCAGAAGAAACUUCCACUGCAGAGGAUUCAACUCCAAUUCCUGACGAAACAACUACAACUGAACCAGAAGAAACUACUACUGAAGAGGAUUCGACUCCGAUUCCCGACGAAACAACUACAGCUGAACCAGAAGAAACUACUACGGUAGAGGAUUCGACUCCAAUUCCCGACGAAACUACUACAGCUGAACCAGAAGAAACUUCCACUGCAGAGGAUUCGACUCCGAUUCCUGACGAAACAACUUCAGCUGAACCAGAAGAAACUUCCACUGCAGAGGAUUCGACUCCGAUUCCCGACGAAACUACUACAGCUGAACCAGAAGAAACUACCACUGCAGAGGAUUCGACUCCAAUUCCUGACGAAACAACUUCAGCUGAACCAGAAGAAACUACCACUGCAGAAGAUUCAACUCCGACUCCAGACGAAACAACUACAGCUGAACCAGAAGAAACUUCCACUGCAGAGGAUUCAACUCCAAUUCCUGACGAAACAACUACAACUGAACCAGAAGAAACUACUUCUGAAGAGGAUUCGACUCCGAUUCCCGACGAAACAACUACAGCUGAACCAGAAGAAACUACUACGGUAGAGGAUUCGACUCCAAUUCCCGACGAAACUACUACAGCUGAACCAGAAGAAACUUCCACUGCAGAGGAUUCGACUCCGAUUCCUGACGAAACAACUUCAGCUGAACCAGAAGAAACUACCACUGCAGAAGAUUCAACUCCGACUCCAGACGAAACAACUACAGCUGAACCAGAAGAAACUUCCACUGCAGAGGAUUCAACUCCAAUUCCUGACGAAACAACUACAGCUCAACCAGAAGAAACUACCACUGCAGAGGAUUCAACUCCAAUUCCCGACGAAACUACUACAGCUGAACCAGAAGAAACUACUACGGUAGAGGAUUCGACUCCGAUUCCCGACGAAACUACUACAGCUGAACCAGAGGAAACUACUACGGUAGAGGAUUCGACUCCAAUUCCUGACAAAACUACUACAGCUAAACCAGAGGAUUCGACUACGAUUCCCGACGAAACAACUACAGCUGAACCAGAGGAAACUACCACUGCAGAGGAUUUAACUCCAAUUCCUGACGAAACUACUACAGCUGAACCAGAGGAAACUACCACUGCAGAGGAUUCGACUCCGAUUCCCGACGAAACUACUACAGCUGAACCAGAAGAAACUACCACUGCAGAGGAUUCAACUCCAAUUCCUGACGAAACAACUACAGCUCAACCAGAAGAAACUACCACUGCAGAGGAUUCAACUCCAAUUCCUGACGUAAUAACUACAGCUGAACCAGAGGAAACUACUACUGCAGAGGAUUCAACUCCAAUUCCUGACGAAACUACUACAGAUGAACCAGAAGAAACUUCCACUGCAGAGGAUUCAACUCCAAUUCCUGACGAAACUACUACAGCUGAACCAGAGGAAACUACUACGGUAGAGGAUUCGACUCCAAUUCCUGACAAAACUACUACAGCUAAACCAGAGGAUUCGACUACGAUUCCCGACGAAACAACUACAGCUGAACCAGAGGAAACUACCACUGCAGAGGAUUCAACUCCAAUUCCUGACGAAACUACUACAGCUGAACCAGAAGAAACUACCACUGCAGAGGAUUCAACUCCAAUUCCUGACGAAACAACUACAACUGAACCAGAAGAAACUACUACUGAAGAGGAUUCGACUCUGAUUCCCGACGAAACAACUACAGCUGAACCAGAAGAAACUACUACGGUAGAGGAUUCGACUCCAAUUCCUGACGUAACAACUACAGCUGAACCAGAAGAAACUUCCACUGCACAGGAUUCAACUCCGAUACCCGACGAAACUACUUCAGCUGAGCCAGAGGAAACUACCACUGCAGAUUAUUCUACUCCGAUUCCUGACGAAUCUACUACAGCUGAACCAGAGGAAACUACAACGGUAGAGGAUUCAACUCCGACUCCUGACGAAACUACUGCAAAUGAGCCGGAGAAAACUACCACUGCAGAGGAUUCUACUCCGAAUCCAAACAAACCUAGUACAGCUGAACCUGAGGAGAGUACUACGAUUAAGGGUUCAACGACAAUUUCUGACGAAACUACUACAGCUGAGCCAGAAGAAAGUUCUACAAUAGUUGAGUCAACAGCGACUACUGAUGAAAGUUCCUCCACUGCCUCCACAAACAAUCCUGAAGAUAGUACCACGAAUGAAGAGGCAAAGCCGAUUCCAGAAGAAACUUCGACAACUGCUCAAGAAUCUUCGAAACAGCCGGAAACAAGCACCUCCGUAGAGGAUUCCACACCACAUCCUACUAAAAGUUCCACAACCGAAGAGAGUACCACAAGUAGUUUAACUCCUUCUUAUUCAAGUUCCACAAGUUCAGUAUCGUCAACGACAUCUCUUCCCGACACCUCGACUUCAACUUCACCACCGCUUUCGUGCAGCAGUGGAUUGGAAUAUUUGCCACACCCAACAAACUGCCGCAAGUUUAUCCACUGCAGUAAUGGAAACGAGUUCGUUAUGGAAUGUCCAGGUAAUACCUAUUGGGACUAUAAGAAUUUGGUCUGCAGCGGAUCUCAAAGUGUUUGCUAUAACGAUGAGGAAAAUGUUGGUCCAGAGGAGAAUGUCUGCGGUCCGGGAGUAGAUUUUGUGGCUCAUCCGACCGACUGUACUAAAUUCUUGCAAUGUAGUAAUGGCGUGGCAUAUGAGAGCCAAUGUCCUAAGGAUUUGUACUGGAACCCGGAGCUCAAGGUUUGCGAUUGGUCGAAUAAAUACUGCACAGAUUCGCGGGCAAGAGAAUCGAUUUCCUGCGCACCAGGAUUAAAUUUCGAUGUUUAUGAAAGCGAUUGCUCGAAAUACAUAAAGUGCCUUGGCUCGAGAGGAAUCGUCAUGAGUUGUAAUUCAGGGCUUUACUGGAACCCUGUUAGUGAAAUGUGCCAAAAGUCGCAACGGUUUUGCAAAUAAAUGUUAACCGAAAUCAGUAUUCAACCGCUUUAAUACAAUCAUUUUGUUAAAUAUGUCUUUUAAUAUUGAAAGAAAAAAUAUUUUAAUAAAUAUAAAAAUCUGCUGGCAAUCCUCACAUAAAAAGAAAAUACCAACAUGCAUAAGAUGAACACUCAAAUAUGGUUUAAUAAAUAAAAAUAAAAAACA